UCUAAAUUUUGGAAACAUAGGGCUUCUUGCUCUUCAAGCUUUACUCAGAAAACUCGAUUCCGACUGCAAAAAUGGCGGAUGGAGAAGAAGCCGCACGGCGUCAUUCCGCUCUCAAUGACUACCGCAAGAAGCUCCUUCAGCACAAAGAACUCGACGCUAGAGUCCGAUCUCUGAGGGAGAAUUUGCGAGGUGCAAAGAAAGAAUUUAACAAGACGGAGGAUGACUUGAAGUCUCUGCAAAGCGUUGGGCAGAUUAUUGGAGAAGUUCUCAGGCCACUUGACAAUGAACGCUUGAUUGUCAAAGCAAGCAGUGGACCAAGAUAUGUGGUUGGAUGCCGUAGUAAGGUGGAUAAGGAAAUAUUGACUUCUGGUACUAGAGUGGUACUUGAUAUGACAACACUCACCAUUAUGAGGGCUCUUCCACGAGAAGUAGAUCCAGUUGUGUAUAAUAUGCUGCAUGAAGAUCCGGGUAAUGUUAGCUAUUCUGCUGUGGGCGGUUUGUCCGAUCAGAUUAGAGAAUUGAGGGAGUCUAUUGAGCUACCUCUCAUGAAUCCUGAGCUUUUCCUUAGGGUUGGCAUCAAACCUCCUAAGGGUGUGCUUCUCUAUGGUCCUCCUGGUACUGGCAAGACAUUGUUGGCCAGAGCAAUUGCAAGUAACAUAGAUGCCAACUUCUUAAAGGUUGUAUCAAGUGCCAUAAUUGAUAAGUACAUUGGAGAAAGUGCAAGGUUAAUACGGGAGAUGUUUGGAUAUGCACGUGAUCACCAGCCCUGCAUAAUUUUUAUGGAUGAGAUUGAUGCCAUUGGUGGGCGGAGAUUCAGUGAGGGAACAAGUGCAGAUCGUGAAAUUCAGCGUACAUUGAUGGAGUUACUUAAUCAGCUUGAUGGAUUUGAUCAGCUUGGCAAGGUCAAAAUGAUAAUGGCCACAAACAGGCCAGAUGUUCUUGACCCUGCACUUCUUCGACCAGGGCGAUUGGACCGCAAAAUAGAGAUUCCUCUGCCUAAUGAGCAGUCCCGAACGGAGAUUCUUAAGAUUCAUGCAGCUGGAAUUGCCAAGCAUGGCGAGAUUGAUUAUGAAGCUGUUGUGAAGCUUGCAGAGGGCUUUAACGGAGCUGAUUUGCGAAAUGUGUGUACUGAAGCUGGAAUGUCAGCUCUUCGUGCCGAACGGGACUAUGUUAUCCACGAAGAUUUCAUGAAGGUAAUCUUAUUUUGUUUUCUCCAGCACUGUGUAGCAUACUCUUCCUUUGUUGAGAUGAGAGAACGCUCUUUCUUCCCGUAUUCACUUUUAUCAUCUUUUGAUGUUCAGGCAGUACGAAAAUUGAACGAAGCAAAGAAACUCGAGUCCAGUGCGCACUACAGCGCUGAUUUUGGGAAGGAGUGAAGUCAUGUAAUUUACCCUUUAGCAACCGAAAACAUUUUCAAGCACAACACAUUCCUUACGGGCGGGAAAACUGAUAUUUUCCUGGUAUCACUGGCGCUCAUCUUUCAACUAUAGGAACGUGCUUGUAUCUGAUCAAAAGAUGGAAGCUAAUGAAUCUUUCAAAACAGUAUGGCUAUUCUUGAUCUUUUCUUUCUUCUUCCAAGCUGAGAGAUGAAUGCCCACUGUGAUUGUCAUUUACCAAACCAUGAUGCCUGUGUGGCUCUGUUUACUGCAUACGGUUGAUCGGUAAGGUUAGUUUAUGAACUGUUUUUAUUUGUAAUAUUGCUGCUCUCGUCGGUAUACAACCUGGAUUUGAUGAACUUG